AUGAUUGAAGAAAAUAAGCUAUUAAUAAAUAUUUUCCAAGAACAUCAAAAUGAGACAUUACCCUUAAGAAUUAUGUUAGAAAGUUUAAUUACAUACCUUUUGUCAAAAGAAUAUGAGAAGCGUGGCUCAUAUGAUCAUUUAGUUAAAGCAUAUGAAUUUAAUUAUCAAGAUCAACUCAAAUUAAUGGUAAUAUGGGGUGAAAAAUUAACAUGGAGAAAUAAGGAGCUUAUGUUGGAAGAAUUAAAUCAUAUCAUUACAAAUGAUGUAUUAUCUGAAACUCAAAAUAAAAAGGUAAUUGCAUUGAUUCCUGGUUAUUUGAAUUACAAUAUCAACGGUACUAAUGAUGAACUUCCACCAAGUUAUGGGUCAAGUGUUAUGUAA